AUGGUUUAUAAAGAGAAAAGGGUAGCAUCAGAGUCUGAUGAAUCAGACAGUGAAUACCAUCCUGAUUGUGAAUUUAGUGAGUUUGAUACGUUGGUUGACAGUGAUUAUGAAAGUGAGUAUGAUGACAUGUUGUAUGAUAGUUAUGUUGAUAAUGAAGUUGAAUGGAUUGGUUUGAAUAGUAAUAGGUAG